UAUAUGGUUUUGGAAAAGUAAUAGUUGUAGUUGUUGUUGAUAAAGAGGUUGUAGGUGUUGGUGUAGUAAUAGUUGGUGUUGGUGUAGUAAUAGUUGUAGUUGUUGGUAAAUUUAUUGUUGUUGGUGUUAAAAUAGUUGUAGUUGGAGUGUAG